CGGAGGUCCACCUCCGCCGCCGAUGCCGCCGCCGACCACCGCGGGCACGCUCCCGAACAGGGCACUCCACGCCCGGCUCCUCCGCUCCGGCGCGCUCGACGCCGACCCGUCAGCCGCCGCCCCGCUCGCCGCGUCGGCCGCCAACUCCUCCCUCCCCUACGCGCUCUCCCUCCUCCGAGCCCACCCCUCCACCUUCUCCUACAACACCGCCAUCCGCUCCCUCGCGCACGGCCCCCGCCCGCACCUCGCCGUCGCCCUCUACCGCUCCAUGCUCCUCGGCCCCCUCUCCAACCCCAACAACUACACCUACCCGCCGCUCCUCGCCGCCUGCGCCCGCCUCCUCCCCGCGAGCUCACCAACCCCGGCGGCCGCGCCGGGCACCGCCGUCCACGCCUCCCUCUUCCGCCGCGGCCUGGAUUCCCGCGACCGGUUCAUCGGCGCGUCGCUCCUCUCCUUCUAUGCGGCCGCCGGGGACCUGCCCGCCGCACGCCAGGUGUUCGACGCAAGUCCCCCCGGCCAAAGGGACCUGCCUCUCUGGAACUCGCUCCUCCACGCCCACCUCUCCCAGGGCUUCUACGCCCACGUGCUGCGCCUCUCGCGGCAGAUGCCCGCCGCCGACGAGGUCACGCUGCUCGCCCUCGUCUCCGCCUGCUCGCAUCUCGGCGCGCUCGACACAGGCCGCUGGGCGCAUGCUUCCUAUGCAAGGACCCGCCGGAGCACCACCAGGAAUCUGGGCACCGCUCUGCUCAACAUGUACAUGAGGUGCGGAGAUGUCGAGAGCGCGUGGUCCGUGUUCCGGGAGACGCUCGACAAGGAUGUCCGGACGUGGAGCGUCAUGAUCGCCGGACUGGCCACCAACGGUCUGCCCAGGGACGCGCUGGCCUUGUUCGCUGAGAUGAAGAACACAGGUGUGGACCCAGAUUCCAUCACCAUGACCGCUGUGCUGAGUGCGUGCGCCCAUGCUGGCAUGGUGGAUGAGGGCAAGAAGUUCCUGGACUGUAUGCCGGUUGAAUAUCGUGUACAGCCCACCAUAGAGCAUUAUGGCUGCGUCGUCGAUCUGCUUGGUCGAGCAGGGCAGCUAGAUGAGGCAUUGGCUCUCAUUAAGACUGUCCCGUUCAAGGCUGAUGUUGUGCUAUGGGGUGCUCUCUUGGUCGCAUGUAGGGUUCACAAGAAUGUCGACAUGGGGGAGAUGGCUGCCAUGGAGAUACUCAAGUUGGAUCCCCAGCAUGCCGGGGCAUGUGUGUUCUUAUCUAAUGUCUAUGCUGAUGCUGGGAAAUGGGACCUUGUACAAGGGGUAAGGAGCUCGAUGAAAGAACACAAGAUAUACAAGCCUCCAGGAUCCAGCAUUGUUGAGCUGAAUGGUGUGGUUUACGAGUUCUUGUCCGGGGACCGUUCACAUCCUCAGUCUGAUCGAAUAUAUGCAAUGCUUGAUGAGAUUUGCAAGACCUUAAGCCUCAAGGGACACAAGCCUUCAACUAAAGAAGUUACCUUCGACGUUGAUGAGGAGGACAAAGAAGUUUGCAUUUCACAGCACAGCGAGAAACUCGCGCUUGCCUUGGGACUCAUAAGCACGACAAGAGGGGAUGUCAUCCGUAUAGUGAAGAACCUGAGAAUCUGUGAGGAUUGUCACUCUGUCAUGAAGAUAGUCUCAGAGGUCUACGAUCGAGUCAUAGUUGUCAGAGACCGAAACCGGUUCCACCACUUCAAGAACGGCUCCUGUUCCUGCUUGGACUAUUGGUAGGACAAAAUCAGAAUGAUGGCAUGAUCAUGUACUUCAAGACAAGUGUCUCAGCCGCUGGUUGACAUGAUUUAUACGUCACUGCGGAGUGCGGACUAAUUGAGCAAGAAGCUUGCCAAAAUUCUGACCCCAGUGGCACAAACUGUUCACCUAACGUCAAGAUCGGGGGUACUGUGGAGGGUUGUUGUGGGGCGGCGAAGGAGAUGUGUGCUCAAGCAGAGGCCUUUCUUAGACGGUGCGUGAUGACACGUUGGUGAAGCCAGAGGUGGCCGGAGGGAUCCAACAUGGGGGUCUUCUACGGUGGCCCGGCUUGGUUGGAUCGUCGGAGAAAAGGACGUCAGUACACGAUUUUGUACGGCCCGAGCUCACAUCAGAUCCAAAACUGGCAUACAUCGGUAUGUUUUUGUUUUCAUGUUUUCUUUAUAGAGUCCUUGUCUUUUGUUUGUUGUGGUGAAGCGGUGGCAUUGCCCUAGGGUAGGCAUAAUGUUCUCCUCGCCCUAUCCCCAUUUCUUUCAUGUUUUUUUGGUGGCUGAGGGUGUGUGGAGCUGUGUCUUCGGCAGGUCUUUUAGGAUCCGAUCCGUUUAGAUUUCCGGUGGAUCCUUCUGCAGUCAACCGUCUGUCAUGAUCUUUGUCGCAAAUCACAACCGCCGGCAUCUCCUGAUCUGCAUCAACAAUUUUCUAGCCGUUGCUUUUACAAGCUCUUGAGUUUUAAAAAGUUUUCUCUACGAAGAGAAAGCCUAGAGGAGGCAUCAAGCUAUGCUCACAGCUCACCACCAGUGGAUGCAGGAACAAGAAGACUUCAACACCCCAAUAUUUUUGAAUGUUCUUCUACUUUUUAAGGUCCCGUGACACUUAAUAUAUGGCCUUAGGCCUUUUUGAAGAAAAAAACUUCCUAGUCACAUGUAGUACUAGUGCGCUAGAAAUGCUAUAUAGCAUUGUUAUGCAGUACUUGUGUACAUAGUUAUGGUGGCUAAAUUUAAACAUAA